CCCUACCGCUGAGGCCUCCCGAGAGCCGGUGCCCCCGGAGCUGCGCACGGCCUAGUCCCGACGUGCGUGUAGUUGUGAGCAGGGGCCGGGGACAGUGGUGGCGGAGGCUGGCCCUGGGGGACCCGACGGGGCACUGCCAUGGGGGAGUGACAUGCCUGUGUUCGCGGCUCCGCGGCAGCGUGCGACAUGAGGCGACCGCGCGGCCGGGGCAACGGCGGCGGUUCCUGAGCCCGGGAUGGAGGAGAAAUACGGCGCGGACGCGCUGGCCGGGCCCGGCGGCGGCGGCGGCGGCCUCGGGCCGGUGGACGUGCCCAGCGCUCGAUUAACAAAAUAUAUUGUGUUACUCUGUUUCACUAAAUGUUUGAAAGCUGUGGGACUUUUUGAAUCAUAUGAUCUCCUAAAGACUGUUCACGUUGUUCAGUUCAUUUUCAUAUUAAAACUUGGGACUGCAUUUUUUAUGGUUUUGUUUCAAAAGCCAUUUUCUUCUGGGAAGACUAUCACCAAACACCAGUGGAUCAAAAUAUUUAAACAUGCAGUUGCUGGGUGUAUCAUUUCACUCUUGUGGUUUUUUGGCCUUACUCUUUGUGGACCACUAAGGACUCUGCUGUUAUUUGAACACAGUGACAUUGUUGUCAUCUCAUUACUCAGUGUUUUGUUCACUAGUUCUGGAGGAGGACCAGCAAAGACCAGGGGAGCUGCUUUUUUCAUUAUUGCUGUGAUCUGUUUAUUGCUUUUCGACAAUGAUGAUCUCCUGGCUAAAAUGGCUGAGCACCCUGAAGGACAUCAUGACAGUGCUCUAACUCACAUGCUUUACACAGCAAUUGCCUUCUUAGGUGUGGCAGAUCACAAGGGUGGAGUACUGUUGCUAGUACUGGCUUUGUGUUGUAAAGUUGGUUUUCAUGCAGCUUCCAGAAAGCUCUCUAUAGAUGUUGGUGGAGCCAAACGGCUUCAGGCUUUAUCCCAGGUGGUUUCUGUGCUUCUCUUGUGCCCAUGGGUCAUAGUUCUUUCUGUGACAAAGGAGAGUAAAGUUGAAUCUUGGUUUUCUCUCAUUAUGCCUUUCACAACGGUUAUCUUUUUUGUUAUGAUCCUGGAUUUCUAUGUGGAUUCCAUUUGUUCAGUCAAAAUGGAAGUUUCUAAAUGUGCCCGCUAUGGAUCCUUUCCCAUACUUAUUAGUGCUCUCCUCUUGGGAAAUUUUUGGACACACCCAAUAACAGACCAGCUUCGGACUAUGAACAGAGCCACACACCAGGAGAGCACGGAACAUGUCCUGUCUGGAGGAGUGGUCGUGAGUGCUGUGUUCUUCGUUUUGUCUGCCAACAUCUUAUCGUCUCCCUCUAAGAGAGGACAGAAAGGUACCCUUAUUGGAUAUUCUCCUGAAGGAACACCUCUUUAUAACUUCAUGGGUGAUGCUUUUCAGCAUAGCUCUCAAUCCGUCCCUAGGUUUAUUAAGGAAUCACUAAAACAGAUUCUUGAGGAGAGUGACUCUAGGCAGAUCUUUUACUUCCUGUGCUUGAAUCUGCUCUUUACCUUUGUGGAAUUAUUCUAUGGUGUGUUGACGAAUAGUCUUGGUCUGAUCUCAGAUGGAUUCCACAUGCUCUUUGAUUGCUCUGCUUUGGUCAUGGGACUUUUUGCUGCUCUGAUGAGUCGAUGGAAAGCAACUCGGAUUUUCUCCUAUGGGUAUGGCCGAAUAGAAAUUCUCUCUGGAUUCAUUAAUGGACUUUUUUUAAUAGUGAUAGCUUUUUUUGUGUUUAUGGAGUCAGUGGCUAGACUGAUUGAUCCUCCGGAAUUAGAUACAAACAUGUUGACACCAGUCUCAGUUGGAGGGCUGAUUGUAAACCUUAUUGGAAUCUGUGCCUUUAGCCAGGCCCAUAGUCACAGCCAUGGACCUUCUCAAGGAAGCUGCCACUCAUCUGAUCAUAGCCAUUCACACCACACGCAUGGACACAGUGACCAUGGGCACGGUCACAGUCACGGAUUCUUAGGUGGAGGCAUGAAUGCUAACAUGAGGGGUGUAUUUCUACAUGUUUUGGCAGACACACUUGGCAGUAUUGGUGUGAUCGUGUCUACAAUUCUGAUAGAGCAGUUCGGGUGGUUCAUUGCUGAUCCCCUCUGUUCUCUUUUUAUCGCUGUAUUAAUAUUUCUCAGUGUUGUCCCACUGAUUAAAGAUGCUUGUCAAGUUCUGCUUCUAAGACUGCCACCAGAACAUGAGAAAGAACUACACAUUGCUUUAGAAAAGAUACAGAAAAUUGAAGGAUUAAUAUCAUACCGAGACCCUCAUUUUUGGCGUCAUUCUGCCAGUAUUGUGGCAGGAACAAUUCAUAUACAGGUGACAUCUGAUGUGCUGGAACAAAGAAUAGUACAGCAGGUUACAGGAGUACUUAAAGAUGCUGGAAUAAACAAUUUAACGAUUCAAGUAGAAAAAGAGGCAUACUUUCAACAUAUGUCUGGCCUAAGUACUGGAUUUCAUGAUGUUCUGGCUAUGACAAAACAAAUGGAGUCCAUGAAAUACUGCAAAGAUGGGACUUACAUCAUGUGAGAUAACUCAGGAACACCCCUGGCCUGUCAGCAAUGAAGAUUAAAUAACUCAGUGUUUGUAAUAGUGCCCAAAGGACAAAAAUGCACAUAAUUGUACAAAACCUUUUAAAGCUCACUACUAUUUGGAGAUUGGAUCAAGGAAUCUUUCUUAAAGAAAAUUUAAAUACAGAAUUAAACAUUAUUGGUACAAGAAAAAUAAUUACCACAUUUGAAUUAUGUGUAUGAAAGGAAUCUUAACAUUUGAGUGAACAUGAUAUAUCACAUCAUCUUCAAAAAUGGACACAUGGGCCGGGAAUUUAGCUCAAUGGUUUUGCCGCCUGCUGCACAAACACAAGGACCCUAGUUCGAUUCCUGGUACCAAAAAAAGAAAAAAAAAAAAUGGACACAUAAUGAUGGAUUCUAAUGAAAACCAAAAUUACUUGUUUACUUUCUAUCAGAAAGCAUCUCCAUUGUAAAUAUGUAUUUACAUUUUAUUACAGAGACCCAAAUGAAGUUUUUAGUCAAUUUUUUUUGCAUAACCUGAGAUAAAAUAGGAAUAAAAAUUCUAUAUUUAUGGAUUUUCUGUAUAUAAAACUGGUUUUUAAGUAUAAUUUAAGUCCAUUAAGUAAAAUCUAACUUGCCACUUUAAAUGUAAACUUAAUUAUUUAGAAGAAACUUUAACCACUGAUUUGAGAUAAGCAGUGAAAACAGGAAAGUAUCACAUUACAGUUUUUGAUGUAUUACAAGACCAACCACUCUGUAAAAUAAAUUUUUUUUACUUUUGGUAA